CUUUGAUUUAAGCUAAGCGUACAUUCUCUAUCUACUUGUUUUCAGCAUCUUUAGUUUGAGAGAUAUCAGAGAGAUAUGGCAUUGGCAGCAGCAUUUCUUCUAUUCCUCCUGGCCGCGCCGUCGGUCUUUGCCACCAAUUACCCGGUUGUUUGGGAUCUAACCACCAACUACUCGUCUUGGGCCACCAGACCGCUGAUUGCUGGUGAUACGCUUACAUUCAGCUACAGUAGCGGCAGUCACAAUGUGGAAGUUGUAAACAAAAAUGCCUACGAUAGUUGUUCUUCUAGCAAUGCCCUACAGACACACACUGGUGGAACAAACAUUAUUACCUUAGCCGAGGGUCCAACGUACUUCAUCUGUGGCUUCCCUACCCACUGUACUAAUGGCAUGAAGCUACAAAUAACUGCCAGAGCUUCAAGUUCCACACCUUCAUCAACGAACACCACCGGCUCAACUCCUGCUGCGGGUAGCACCGGAGCCGCUGGACUUUCAAGCGUGACUCCUUUGAUGUUUGGUUUUCCACUUGUUUUGUUUGCUUUAACGAGCUAGAGAAGAGGCAGUGCAGAUGAUAUAAGGAGUUUGUUGUGGAUUUAAUUUCAAAAGAGAUGUAUAUCGUAUUUAACUAGUGUCGUUUUUAAAAUUUCAUCUCAUUUUGUAAUUCUUUGUUAGUAUGCACUCUGUAAUUUUUUAUGAUCUAAUAUGAUGCAUUCAGCUAUUACUAGCUUUUGAAUUA